UUUUUCGUGAAAAAACAUUCUGACCGCAGAGACGAGCUGCCGAAGCGAUAGAGACAUUUCCAGCAAGCGAACACGCAUAACUUGCAGUGGAAGAAGCGGCCAUCCAAACAACUGCAAUACAACUUGGAAUGAUAGCUUCAACAGCUCUGCCGCCAUGGCAGCCACCGCUUCAAGCUCCGUUAAGGCUGAGGAGGAGGCCCUCAAUCCCUCUGCGGAGGGUUGGCUUCGUUCAGGCGUACCGUCGCGGGAACAGCGAUGAUUUUGGCGAGGCCUGGAAUAAAGUGUGGCGAGGCGCCAACGAUGGUUUCGAGAAAUUCGUAUUCGAGGCGAGGAAAACCGCGGAGCGCCUCGACAGGCGCUACUCUGUAUCGCGCCGUGUUAGCUCUGUUGCCCAAUCAGCGGCCGAGCGGGCGCGCGAGAUUGAUAGGGAGUUCGGGAUUGGAUUGCGUUGGCGUAAUUUUACAUUGGAUUUUAGCAGAAAUUGGCCAAGGUAUAGGAGGCAACUCAAUGAAUUUAUGGACACGCCAUUAGGGAAAAGUUUUGUGACAAUAUUCUUCCUUUGGUUUGCAUUAUCUGGAUGGCUUUUCCGAUUCUUAAUAUUUGCAACGUGGAUACUACCUUUUGCCGGUCCACUUCUCAUUGGGACUUUUGCCAAUAGCCUUAUAAUAAAGGGUACUUGUCCUGCCUGUAAUAGGGAGUUUGCUGGGUACAAGAACCAAAUUAUUUCCUGCAGUGGCUGUGGAAACAUAGUGUGGCAGCCUAAAGGCCAAGGGGAAUACAAUUCAAGAAAAGGUAAUUCUGGUUCUAAGUCACAACCCAAUGUUAUUGACGUGGAGUUUGAGGAGAAAUGACAAAGCUAGAACGGAUGGUGAAUCGCUCGACCACCUUUAUCGACAGGCACGCCGUGACCAAAAUGAAGAUAGAGUUACCAACGACCAUAACUUGGAGUCAUUGAAGUUUCAUGUUCGUGCGUCUUCUCUUCUCCCUUGAUAGUUACUGAUGUAGUUUGGCAGCAUUUGUUUGUAGUAUCAAUACAUGAUAUGGUACAUAAAUGCGAAGUCCACAGGUGCUGGAUCAUUUCUGAAAUAUACUAUCCUCACUUCUAUUGGAGUGAUAGAAACGGUCUUUCUUUGGAAUUUCUUCAUUUUUAUCUUGUAACAAAUGUCACUAGAGCCGAUGAAUUAGUAUUAUUGUCCAACUAGAGCCUCGAGUUGUAAAUUGGAUUAAUUAAUGACCCGUUUAGUAACAUUCAUAUUUCUUGUUUUU